AUGGAAAGAAAGCCACAACUUAAGAAAUCUUCAGUUCUAUGCACAUCUGGCGAGUAUAAACAGCUAAUUAGAGAAACCCCUAAGACUGACUAUUCAACUACCGCUACCCCAAUUCCGUCUCCUUGCCCAUCACCAGUUUCUUCUUUCUAUUCAGUUUCCUCUUUUAUCAAUUCUUUCACAUCUGACUCUUCUCAUCUUUCUGCAACUUCAAAAAAUGAACUCCUCCAAGACCUCGAAAAAAAAGUCGUGAAACUCUAUGAAGUUGUCAACAAAAAAUCCGAAAAAGUUAAUAAAGAACUCCACGCAUUGUCUGAAAGAAGCCAAAUGAUCCAAAGAUUCAAAAAAGGGAUUAGCGGUAAAAGGCCAGAAUGGAUAGAAAACAAAAUACGAGUAAAAAUGUAUAGAGAGGUUGAAGAAAGAGAAGCAGAACUGGAAGCUGAAAGCAGAGAAGUAGAACAGUGGGAAAUGAGAAUAAAAGAGAAGGAAAAAGAGUUGGAGAAAGAAAGCAGCAAUUUAAAUGAGAAUAUUCUGGCAGUAAGAGAGCUGGAAAAUAGAAGUGAGCUUGCAAAAAAAAUUGAAGGGAAUGAGAAGGGAUUAAAGAAGCUUGAAUUUGAAUAUUCUGAGCUAACAGAAAAAUCAAAGAGGCUAAGAAGGGAUUUUAUUAUAUAUAAUGAACAGCUCCAAGCGAUUUAUGCUAAGCUUGAUAUACCUGAAAGUUUAAGUUUAAGUUUAUUGAAUUACUCUAGCAUUUUAAAUGCCUAUAAAGUCCCCUUGCUUGAGGUUCAGCUAAAUUAGCAGCUCUGAACAAUGGUAUGUGAACCGGCCUAACCGUCUAACCGUUAAAGUAAAUAAGCCAGUUAAGACUUCUCUAGUCAGUCCCAGACACAGCAGUGACCCUUCUCUUCAAAGCCGAAGCUCUCAAGAAGUUGACUUCUCUCACUGAGCUCGGUAUAUAGGUCCAAUCCUGUUUGAGCAUGAGCUAGGACCUUUCCCUAACUGACAUUUUUAAUAUUGUGUACCUGAAAGUAAAAUUAAGCAGAGACAAGUGUUAAUUUCAAACACACAAGAAAAAAUCAGAGAAAAUGAAUUAGUCAGAGAAAGAGUAAAAAAUGCAGAAGAAAACUAUAAGGAAAUUAAUGAGAAAAAUAAAAUUACACAGAAAUGUUUGUUGUCAUUAGAAGAAAAAUAUUCCAAUAAGGAAAAAAGUAAUCACAACAAAAUAAAAACUCUUGUAAAGCUAAAAAAGAAUAUUGAAUUUACACAGUCUGAGCUUAAUUCUUAUAACUCACAAAUCUCUGAAAGUCAAAGAGAAAUUUUAAUUAAAAAGGAAAAGAUAGACGAAGCUGAAGAGAUUUUUGAGCAAAAACAUAAAGAAAUUGUUACUGAAGAAAAUAGGCUGUUUAUAAUAGAGAAAGCAUUGAAUGAAAAGCUGAAAUUGUUUGAAGAAGAAAAUAAUAAAUUUAGUAGUCCUGUCCAUAAAAGGAAGAUGAGAUCUCUUACGCUUAAGGUUUCUGAAAUAAAAAAUAAGGAAUCUAGGCUGCUAGAGAUUGAAACCAAUAGGAAUCCAUAA